GGCCCACCAGCGACUGUAGCCGAGAUCAGAUCGCUCUCAACAACAUAUAGCAUAACGCCCAAGCCCAGCACCAGCAAGGCCGGCACAACAACCUUCUCCUCGGCAACGACGACAAGCAGCGGCGCCACAACACCAGCCGCGGGGACCGCAGUCGAAGCAACAACAUCAUCCACGCCGCCGGCAACGCCUGCUCCGUCUCCCAACACCCCUGCGAUGAUCGACAACACCAACGGGAACAACAACACCGCAAUAAUCGCCGGCGUGACGGCCGGCGUGAUCGGGGGCCUGAUAGUAGGCGGCACGAUCGUGUGGUUCAUCCUCCGCCGCCGGAAGCAGCACCAGCAACAACAAUCAUCCGCCGCGCAGACAGGCCAGCAGCUGCCCCCCACUGCGGCAAACUUCCCCAUAACCAUCAACAACAUCAACAACAACGACGGGGGGAGCAGCAAGCGGCGCAGCAUGAGCGACCUGCUGUUUCCCCACCAUGGCGGCGGCAGGAGCGAUGAUGGGAGCAAGCACCAGCAGCAGCAGUGGUGGUGGUGGUGGUACCACCAACAACAGCAUUGCAAUCCGCAGCACCAACAGCAGUAUCAACAAGGGCUCGGUCAAAAUCCACACAACGCCGCGGCAUGGCAUCACGGCCACCCUAGCCAGGCCCCGUCUUCCCACUCCGGGCAGGGGAGUUUCUCUUCUUCCGGCUCAACCGCAGUGUUCCACGAGGUCAAUGGCGGGUUGCGGUCGCCGCAGGAGCUGCCUGCUGACCAGAAGUCUUGGCUGUAAGAGGUCUUGGUGGCGACACGGACAGAGGAACAGCGUAUUGAUUCAUUUGUUUUUCUGUGAAUUAGAAGAAUGUAAUUCCACGGAGACUCAGACAGGCAUCAUGGCGCUGGCUCGUCUUCGUACAAUCUCGAGUUGCUUCUU